AUGGAGAGCGCAAUAUCGGUCGCUUUCCUUGUGUCAUUUUCCAUACUACUGUCUGAAUGCUAUAAUGGGUUGGAGACAGCUACUGUUGUGCAUACAUCAGAGAGAACUUUUCCAGAAAAGGCAGCUUGUGUUAAUAUUGACUUGGCAGGGUUAAUACAGAAGUUUCACCUCCAAGAACUUUUCCAUCGUUAUGGAGAAAACAACUCGCUCUCAGUUGACGGGUUUAGAAAACUACUCCAGAACAUCGGCAUAGAUAAAAUGAAACGGAUCAAAAUAGACCGUGAUCACGACCAUGACCACCACCUUCAUCAUAAUCAUGUUUCUUUGAGUAAAAAUACGGAGAAGACUCUUUGUCCAAAUCAUGAAUCUGAGGCUAGCAAAGACCACAGGAGCAGUCGCUCGAAGGAACCUCAUAAGGUAGAGAAUGUGGAACAUCAGCAGAACUUUGUACGCAGCAAGAACACGGCUAAUGAGAUCAUCACUGCUCCCACAGAUGGCCACUCUGAGUUGCAGAAUGUGCAGCCUGGGGAAGCCAAGCUGGUUGCCCGUGUAGGUCAGACUAGCUCUAAUGGCAUCAAUGUCACAGGUGGAAACAAUGCAAGCUGGCUUGCCAACAGCAAAGCCAAUGAGUCUCGUGCUUCUCCCAAGGAAUCAGAAAGAGGAAGUUACCUGUAUUCUAAACUGAAAAAGCAAAAUACCCAGGAGUGCUCCAGUGCAUCAAAACUUAUGCAGUCUCAUGGAAUAGGCACUCAAGUAUUGUUGACUCCUACCGAGUUCAGUUACCUAUGUCCAGCUCUUAUUAAUCAGAUCGAUGGCAAAUCCUGUAUAGUCCAUGCAACUAGUGAAAAAGCUGAACAUCCUUCAGACAGUUACUCUCUGCGAAUAGCUUGGAUUGGUGGUUUUAUAUCCAUCUCUGUCAUCAGCUUUCUUUCCUUACUGGGUGUUAUAUUGGUACCGCUGAUGAAUCGUGUCUUUUUCAAAUUUCUUCUAAGUUUUCUUGUGGCAUUGGCUGUGGGAACUUUGAGUGGAGAUGCCUUCUUGCAUCUCCUUCCACAUUCUCAUGGAAACCAUCACCACGAGAAGCCUCUGGUUGAACAAAAUAAAGGCUCUAUGUUCAAAAAUCUCAUUUUUCAAAGCACGGAGGAGAGUAAUUACCUGGAUUCUACAUGGAAGGGACUUACAGCACUUGGAGGCUUGUAUUUCAUGUUUCUAGCGGAGCAUUUGAUCACUUUAAUAAAGCAGUUUAAAGACAAGAAGAAAAAGAAAAAAAAUGAAGAUGAUGGAGAAAGUAAGAAGUUCUCAGCAAAUGAAGAAAAGUUAGAUGCAGACGAUCGGCCUGAGGGCUAUCUAGGGACAGACUCUCAAGAUCCAUCGCCCUUCAUCUCUCAGCAGCCAAUUGUACAAGAAGAGGAGGAAGUGAUGAUAGCUCAUUCUCAUCGAGAGGAGGUUGACAAUGAAUACACUUCCAGGGGCUGUAGAAACAAAUGUCAUUCUCACUUACACGAUACUCUAGGACAGACAGAUCAUCUUAGUCAUCAUCACCACGACUACCAUCAUAUUCUGCAUCACCAUCAUCAUCAGAACCAUCAUCCCCACAGUCACAGUCAACGCUACUCACUUGAAGAACUGAAGGAUGCUGGGAUAGCAACUCUAGCAUGGAUGGUGAUUAUGGGAGAUGGACUACACAAUUUUAGUGAUGGCCUAGCAAUUGGAGCAGCCUUUACUGAAGGGUUAUCUAGUGGUUUAAGCACUUCUGUGGCUGUAUUUUGCCAUGAAUUACCUCAUGAGCUAGGAGAUUUUGCUGUACUUCUAAAAGCUGGUAUGACUGUCAAGCAAGCUGUGCUUUAUAAUGCUCUGUCGGCUAUGCUGGCCUACCUUGGAAUGAUGACCGGGAUUCUUAUCGGCCAUUAUGCAGACAAUGUUUCAAUGUGGAUAUUUGCACUUACUGCUGGCUUGUUCAUGUAUGUGGCUCUUGUGGAUAUGGUGCCUGAAAUGCUCCACAAUGAUGCCAGUGAUCAUGGAUGUAGCCGCUGGGGGUACUUCCUGUUACAGAAUGCUGGAAUUCUCUUGGGUUUUGGGAUAAUGCUGCUUAUCUCUGUAUUUGAACAUAAGAUUGUGUUCAGCAUAAACCUAUAA